CUGGUGCUAUGAGAGCAUCGGGCUGCCUGCGAGAUGGGUCCGGCCAGAACAACAACGCAUCGAAUGCCAACAAUAAUAAUUCGACCGCGACGACGGCACUGCUGUACGGAAACACAGCGGCGGCGGCGGCGGCAGCUCAGGCGGCGGCAGCGGCAGGCAACGCGCUGCAGGACGAGGCCGGCGUAGCGUUAGUAGGUGUUCAUAGCGAGUACCCGCGCUUCAUGGAGGAGCGCGGCCUCGGCGGCGGCGCCCUCAAGGGCCCCGGCACAGCGCCCUCGAGCGCCGGCAGCAGGCACAAGCCCAACGUCGGCUAUCGCCUCGGCCGAAGGAAAGCCCUCUUCGAGAAGAGGAAGAGGAUCAGCGACUACGCCCUCGUCAUGGGCAUGUUCGGCAUCAUCGUCAUGGUCAUCGAGAACGAGCUGUCCAGCGCGGGGGUAUACAAUAAGGCUUCAUUCUAUUCGAUGGCUCUGAAAACUUUGAUCUCCGUUUCAACUGUGAUAUUACUUGGAUUAAUUGUAGCAUACCACGCUUUAGAAGUUCAGUUGUUCAUGAUCGACAACUGUGCAGACGACUGGCGAAUAGCGAUGACCUGGCAAAGAAUUUCCCAAAUAUCCAUCGAAUUGUGCAUUUGUGCAGUUCAUCCUAUACCAGGACAAUACUAUUUUCAUUGGACGACCAAAUUGGCGAACAAGGGCGGAAUUAUUGGCACCGAAUUGGUGCCUUAUGACGUCACACUAUCUCUACCCAUGUUUUUGCGACUCUAUCUUAUAUGCAGGGUGAUGCUGCUCCACAGCAAAUUAUUCACAGAUGCUUCUAGUAGGAGCAUUGGUGCCCUAAAUAGGAUAAAUUUUAAUACUAGAUUUGUAUUAAAAACGCUCAUGACGAUCUGUCCAGGAACUGUUCUUCUAGUGUUCAUGGUUUCUUUGUGGAUAAUUGCGAGUUGGACGUUGAGGCAGUGCGAAAGAUUCCAUGAUGAAGAGCAUGCAAAUUUGUUGAAUUCGAUGUGGCUAACGGCCAUCACUUUCCUUUGCGUCGGAUAUGGCGACAUUGUGCCCAACACGUACUGCGGAAGGGGCAUCACGCUUACGUGCGGCAUGGUGGGUGCAGGGUGCACAGCCCUUCUGGUGGCCGUCGUCUCUAGAAAGUUGGAGCUGACACGUGCCGAGAAGCACGUGCACAACUUCAUGAUGGACACUCAGCUCACGAAAAGGUUAAAAAAUGCAGCAGCCAACGUCCUUCGAGAGACCUGGCUAAUCUACAAACAUACAAGGCUUGUGAAAAGGGUAAACCCUGGAAGGGUUAGGACCCAUCAGAGGAAGUUUUUAUUGGCCAUAUACGCAUUAAGAAAAGUGAAAAUGGACCAAAGAAAACUCAUGGACAACGCCAAUACGAUAACAGACAUGGCAAAAACCCAAAACACUGUCUACGAAAUCGUAUCGGAUAUGUCUGGACGACAGGACGCGGUGGAGGAACGACUGUCGAACUUGGAGGACAAAUUGGCAGCACUACAGGAGCAGCUAGACGCCCUCCCAGAGGUCCUAGCCCGUUGCCUGGCGCAGCACGCAGAAAGGUCGGAGCAGCGCCGGAACUUCCUCCACCCGGACACGGCCUCCGUGGGCGUCAGCGGCGGAGGAGUCGCCAUCAUGGCGGCGCCUCCGACGCCCCUGACUCCUCUGCAACCGCCGUUGCAACCGAUUCAGCACCCGCUGUCUGCUGCUGCUUCCAGCAUGAGCGGAGGAGCUGGGCCGCAGAUGCAGCAGCAUAUGCCGCUGCUUAUGCCGCAUUCCAGGAGCGCGACCAUUGGCGGCGCGGGCAGUGGCGGCGCCCCCGGAGUCUCAACAUUUUCGCCUUGGCCCACAUCUCCGGUCCUGCCUCCGGUGUCUAGCCGGACUCCGAGACUUGUUCCGGAUCCCAUAAGGCCCGGACAAAACAGUUGAGAGGAAACUGAACCCGAAGAAAACUUCGACGACGGAGUGGUUGUUGUUUGCGGCUCCAAAUCCAGCCACUGGUAAAGGUAAUGGUAAAGGAGUCAUGGGAGGUGAAGGUGGGAUAAAAGAAUUUUUUUGGAGUUUGUUGAAAGUUACUAGACCAAUGCAUGUUUAG